CAAAGUAAUGAUUAACAAGAAGGCAGGAUAAAAACGCUAAAUCUCACUCUUUUGUGAUUUAAAAGGUUAACGAUGAGAUUUGCCAUCGCUCUCCAGCUGAGCCUCAGCACCCUGUGUCUAACUCUGACACUUUUUGAUGGAGGAUUGGGAGCAGUACUUCCCGUACCAGAUUCUGUAAACUGUAUGUGGAGCCACUGGUCAGAAUGGAGUCUUUGUGAUCCUUGCACAAACACCCGAUGGCGUUCACGAGGCAUAGAGGUGUUUGGCCAGUUUGCUGGGAACCCCUGUGUCGGAUCAAUAGGUGACAGACAAUCUUGCCAAACGACAGAAUUAUGCCUGAUACCAACUCCCCCUCCUUGCUCAGGCACUGACUUCCAGUGCAAAACAGAGCUGAAAACAUGCAUCAAACAGAGAUUAGAGUGCAACGGGGACUAUGACUGUGAAGAUGGGUCAGAUGAAGACUGUGAUCCAACCCGUAAACCCUGUGGGGCAUCUGUCCUGGAAAAUAAUGAGCAAGGCAGGACAGCAGGAUAUGGGAUCAACAUAUUGGGUGCAGAUCCUCGAAUGAACCCUUUCAAUAAUGAUUACUUCAAUGGAAGAUGUGAUAAAGUGAGAAACCCAUACAUGGGGAAAUUCGACAGACUUCCCUGGAAUGUUGGUGUGCUCAACUAUGAGACUCUCGUCGAGGAAACUGUUUCCAGAGAAAUCUUUGAGGACACAUACUCAAUCGUGAAAGAAAUACUGAAUGAGGUUACCUUUAAAAUUGAUACCGGACUUUCCUUCAAACUCACUCCCACUGAAAAUUCUCUAUCCAACACUAGCGUCAGUGGUGGGGCUGGGGUUGAAUUUUCAAAGAAAACGAUGAUUAAGGAUGUCACAGAGUACACCACCAUUAAGAACAAGAGCUUUAUGAGGGUAAAAGGUAGAGUACAGAUGAGCACCUACAGGAUGCGCUCCCGUGAGCUCAACGUUGCUGAAGAAUUCUUGAACCAUGUCAGAUCAUUACCUGUGGUGUAUGAAAAGGGUAUUUAUUUUGCCUUCCUGGAAGACUAUGGAACCCACUACACAAAAAAUGGAAAGUCCGGGGGUGAAUAUGAACUGAUCUAUGUUCUAAACCAGGACACCAUCAAGGAAAAAAAUUUAACGGACAGAAGUAUCCAAACAUGUGUCAAAGUGGGGAUCUCUGCAAACUUUGCUUUUUCUGGAGGUGAUGCAACAGGACACAUCCGACCUGAGCACUGUCCAAACACAUCAGCUAAAGAAACAACUAGUGCUGAGGGAAAGGCGUUGGUGGAUAAAGUGAUAACUUCAGUUAAAGGAGGAACUCUUGAGACCGCUGUUGUUAUGAGGGCUCAACUGAACAAGGAGGGUGUCAUGAAUAUAGAUGCUUACCGAAACUGGGCCAGGACCAUUGCAGACGUCCCUGCACUGAUUAACAGUGAGCCUGAACCCAUCUACAAGUUAAUUCCACUGAACACACCUGACGCAAACAGCAGAAUUUCAAACCUUAAGAGGGCUAUAGAAGAUUAUGUUGCUGAAUACAACAUAUGCAAGUGUAAGCCAUGUCAAAAUGGAGGUACUCUUGCUCUUCUUGAUGGAAAGUGUAUUUGUAUGUGCACUGGCCAGUUUGAAGGCUUGGCCUGCCAGAACGUCAGGGCAGAUAAGGCUUCACACCAAGCAGCUCAAAGGCCCACUGUUGCUCAUGAGGGCAACUGGACCUGCUGGUCAUCCUGGUCCUCAUGCAGUGGAGGAAAACGCAGUAGGACACGUCGCUGCAACACAGACGGACUGGGUGGAUCUGUCAGAUGCAGAGGAGAGGUCACUAGUGAAGAAUACUGCUGAAAGCAUGAUUUAUCAAACUGUCAUCCGAUCAAAUACAAUUAACAGAAAUAAAAUUAACAUUUUGCUGUGGGGCAAAAUUUAAAAUUGAAGCUGUUUUCUUGAUGUAGACUUUACUCAAAAACGAUUUGUUCAGUUUUUGCAUUUUUGUUACAAAUGUCUCAGAUUAUUAAGCAAAUUUUAUUAUCAAAGACAAUUCAAUUAAAUACAAAAAGCUGUGUUUAAA